GAACAGAGGUUAAAAGCUGGAGCAGUACGGAAGACAUUCACAGGAAGCUGGACCAGCAAUGGCUCUGCAGAAGGUUUUGCUGCUGUUGCUGUGGCUGGGGGUUUCAGUGAACUCAGUUGCUUCUCUGCAGAAGAGAAUCAUUGGAGGUCAAGACUGUGAUGACCAGGAGCGUCUUUAUCAUGUUCGACUUGUGAUGCUCAAAGGACCGGACAUGGAAUUCUGUGGUGGAUCUCUGAUCCACUCUGAGUGGAUCUUGACUGCAGCUCACUGCUGGAAGUCGGGGGCAGGAUGGUAUCACACAGCAAUGUCAAAAGUUCAUCCACGGACUGCUAAGCAGGAUAAUCAGUUAAUUGAACACCCUCCUGUGACCUAUACUACUGGCAAUAACCAUGACAUCAUGUUGCUGAAGCUUCAGAGACCAGUAACAGAUGUCCCUCCUGUUCAGCUACCAAAUUGCAACAAUCGUCUUAAAAUAGGCGAUACAGUUCAACUGGCAGGAGAGGGAGGAAAGAGAACCGGCCCCAAUAAUGAGCGAUUAACCCCAACUCCUAUUUCAUCACAACUUAAGUGUGUCGACAUGAAAGUUGUUGCAGGGAUGCCCAAAUUCCUACCGACGUGGGGGCAUAUAAUAGGAACUGAAGCACCGAACAAGGAUAUAUGUUUUGGUGACUCUGGUUCAGGAGUGAUCUUCAACAACAUGAUUUAUGGUGUCAUUUCUAUUGGUUAUGAACAACAGGCAUGUCAGAAUCCAGUUGGUGUCAUGGAUGUGUGUGAAUACCUGGAUUGGAUCAAACAAACAACUGGGCUUAAAUAAAACAAAAUAUGAAAAAAAAUCUUAGCAAAUUUCCUCUCAGAUACAAUUUUAUAGCUGUGUCUUGAUCAGUUUACUUAAAAAUAAAUUUAAAAAAUAAAUUUUGAGUGAAAAUACAAACAAAAUAAAAAGAUCACCAAUUUAAAAGUCAAAAUCUUAAAAGAAAGAGAAGUUUUAAGAAAAUAUUCAAAAACGGGUAAAACGAAUUCAAUCUCGAGACUCGUACAGAGAAAAAGCAGAAGUUGGAAAGUUUCAUUGGCCCAAACGUUUUGGUGCUCAAACACCGGCUGAAGACGUGCGUGCUGAGAAUCGCCGCCAGCUUGGAUGAUCAGCUCAAAGCGAAGGUCAGGUUGGUUUUCCCCCCAAAAGAGGGUGCCGGUGUUGUGACUGUCAGUGCUUCCUCGUCAGACUUUCCUACCAUAGUAACAGACAGAUAGCUAUGUCUAUCUGUCAAAACUACUACCGUCAUGUUUACAAACAGAAACGGGUUAUUUUAAUGUUAAAUACAUUGGAUAACAUUAUUUGAGUUACGGGACUGAAGUGGAAGCUUAGGAGCUAUGCUUAUCUUAGCAUUAGAACAAUUUAUAUGAUGAAGCCAGAAGAUUACUUCCUUUGUAUGAAUAUUCUACCCAUUUAAAAUGAAAAGCUGUAGAUGUAUGCACUAAUCCUUUUACUAGAACAUCCUACCUGUUAAUAAUAUUUUAAAUAGAGGCGUUGGUAAGAAUAAAACAGUAACAGAAAGGGGAAACAGGUUUUUAAUAGACUUAAAUUAAAGACAAAUACAGAUCACCGCAACUCUUUCUUGACCAUUAUUACGUUGCGUGACAGACUUUAUUGAAUGCAGCGCAGCCACAAUGUGUCCACCAAACUGCGCAGGCCACUGCGCACCGGAAAUGAUAGGAUGUGAUUCAUGUACAUCAAUAUUACACUGCUAUUACACUUAGUAUCACUAACAUCUGUUUAGCAAGGUUUAGUAAUAAAGACUGUUGUUAAACAAAAAUAUUUGAAAGUAUAGGGACAAAAAAAGCCCACAAAACAACGUAUUUUGUCCUGAUUAACCGCCAAAUAAUAACUUGACAAUAACGACAUUGCAGAAGGCAAACUAAAACCAUUUAUAAAUAUAUUUACAUGCUGUGAUUUGACUAUGUAGAGAUGUGUUCAUAUAUACAUCUGCUAAUCAAAAGCAAACAUCUGUUUUAUGUGGCUAAAGGUUAGAUUGGUGUAAAGUGGAGCUAAGGCGCUAACAAAGACUAAGUUAAGCACAAACAUAAAUAUUAAAAUAGAAAAAAAGCCCUGAUGCUACAUUGUUAAAAACAAAUGAGACAAAUGGAACUAAAAUGUCCUCUGUAAAAGAAACUAUGAAUCUUGUGAUUUUAUAGACAAAAAUGUUACAAAAAAAUUCAGAAGGAACAUGCUGUUAUAGACAAAAGGACUCUCUCUUUUCUAUAUCUCUUGUAUCUGCUCACCCGCAGAUAAAACAGGCAGAUAUAUGCUGCAGAAGUCAUAACAUUUAAAGGAGCACUCAAGUCUGAAAAGUUGGGUAUACAUUUAAAAAGGUAUUGCAAUGAUACCGUGAACCUCUAAAGAGCAUGUUUGUCCUCUGGUGCAGCCAUGUUUUGUAUGGCUCUAACCUUUUCAGAUUGUAAAGGGUACCUGUGUUUAAAUAUUUUCUUAAAGCUUAUCUUUCUUCCCAAAUUUUGACUUUUAUAUAGAUUGUAAUUACUGAACCUUUUGUUUUGUUUGAGUCUUUAUUGAAAUGUGGUUUUUAAUUUUUAUUCUUUAAGUUACUCGGAUAUGAUUUUUUAUUAAUUGUUAUAUUAUGUGACUUCUAUCUCAUUAUUUUGUACACAUUAUUUUUGUGUACAAUCAUCAAUAGUAUCGCCAGAUCUGCAGAGUUUAGAUGCUGCUUGUUCAUUUCUGCUGUAAAAUAAAGACAUAAACUGAAUAAAUAAAUUACUUCUGA